UGGGAGAAUUCAGUGUAUGCAUCACUGCAACUUGAUGUUUUGGGUUUCACUUUGGUCUCGGAUAAUGAACCCGAUACUGUCUAUGCGGCCGGCUGGUUCCGUGGCAGACUGCGCAUCAAUAGGGCUCGCUUGCCUAAUUUUGAUGGCAACUUUGAUGCCGACGCUCGUGUCUUGACCACUUCCGCAGGGCAAGGAUAUGUGAACGGUAAUUUGCCGAAUAAAAGUCAGUGUCAUAUUUGUCGUCUCUGUUCUCUUUCGUUAGGAAUAUGUUCCUCUCCCUCCAAAAUAGCUAUGGUAGCUGAGCCUUUUCUCCAUUUGUGA